AUGCAUUCCUCAACCUUCACUAUUCCAAGCCUCCUCACUAUCCUGCUCCUCUACGUCCAAGUGCAAGGCUCCGAUACCUCCUCCCAAACGAUCCUCACCUCCAACAACCAAACCACCUUUCCCCCACCCUCAUCCCCAUCCCCCCGGAAAGUCGCCAUCAUCGGCUCCGGCCUCUCCGGCGCCACAGCUGCCUACUACCUCCACGACUCAACCUGCGAAAUCCAACCAAUACACAUCACCGUCUUCGAACGCUCACCCCAACCCGGCGGGCGCAUCAAAUCCGUGAAAUACCGCGGCAAAACACUUGAAGUCGGCGCUCCUGCUGUAUCUACACACGACUGGUGUUUCCUACGCGCUAUGCGAGAUGUUGGGUUGGAGCCUAAAAAGCCAGACCGGGCGUGGAAGUUCCGCGUGAAGAGGACGCUGGGUGUUUGGGAUGGGGAGAGAUUGUUUGAUGCUAGGGCGCAUGAACCGCUUUGCAUGAAUUGGUGGGAGUUGAUUGUGAGUGUUUGGAGGGAGGGCAGACAUGCUUGGUUGUUCAGGAAGGUCUCGCAUCCGAUGUGGUGGGAGGUGGGGAGGUUGGUGUGGAGGUAUGGUGUUGAGGCGGCGAGGUUUCAGAGGGCUGUGGUGGGGGAUUUGGAUGCUUGGGAUGGGUUUGGGAGGGAUUUUUAUGAUUGGGAGACUCAUACGUUUGGUGAUCUGGGGGUGGAGGCUGAUAAGUCGGGGCUUGAUGUAAGGGCUUUGGGCUCAGCUAGGGAGUAUUUGAGAGGUUUGGAUGUUUCUGAGAGAUUCUUGGAGGAAGUUGUGGAACCUUAUGCUAGAGGGAGAUUUGCUCGGAAUCUGGAUAGCUUGAGAGGGAUCGCUGCAGAGAUGGCGUAUAGGGAGUUUUAUGCGAGGAGUGUGGCUGUUGCAGAGGGGAAUGUUCGACUUGUUGAUCGCUUGAUUACUCUCUCGAAAGCUGAUCUGAAGCUUAACACGAGUGUAAAGGAGAUCGAACCUGGGAAAUUCAAACGGUUCAACCUAGGCAUUGAGUCCUCACUCCCAGAUUCUACCGUGGAAACACGCUGGGAAGAGUUCGACGCAGUCAUCAUUGCCACACCCCUCCACCUCAGCGGUAUAUCCUUCGCCGAGAGCCUCAAUAUCCACUUCGAAACAACCGCUUCAAAGACACCACUCUGCGAACGACACAUCACGCAUCUCGUGUCCUCCCACUGUCUCUCCCCAGAAUUCUUCAACCUGCCUCCAGGAACCAGGCUCCCAGACACGAUUCUCACCACCGCUAAUAGCUCUACCAAUCCGGAAAUAUUCAGUGUAACUCUACUCGACACACUCACGCGUAUCGAUACAACAUACUGCUCACCCUGGGAUCUCGAAGACUGCGAUAUGGUGGUCUAUGAGAUGAUCUUCCGAAUUGUCUCAUCUGAAGCGAUUGAUAACCAGACUUUGGCUGAAAUGGUGGGUAGCCCGACUGACUACGAAUUUCCUUUUGUUCAUCGUCAGGUAUGGCCGUAUAUCACGCCGGAUGAGAGCGGGAGUCAGCUGCCGACUGGAAAAAUUGAGAUUGUGCCGGGGUUGUUUUAUACUGGGAGAGGGGAGGAUAUCGUGGCUUCGCUGGAGAUGAGUUGUAGGAUGGGGUUUAAUGCUGGGAUCAAGGCUUCGAAUGAUUUAUAUGAUGCGUGGAGAAAAGAGGCCCGGGGUACACAGAUCAGAGGAUGA